AUGGCUGUCAUGAAUCAUCUGAAUUACCUCUGCUACAUUUCACACAAGCUGACAAAAUGAGCACAGCAGACACCAACCAAUGCUACUGAAUCGACAACGACUGCUACUGAAGAUACGUCAAAUGCAACUGAACCACCAACAAACAGAACAAUCUUACGAAAAGCUGAAGGUAUUCGACGUCGUCGGACGUAUACAAGGCAAAUGAGAAACGAAAAUGAUAAAUUAUCUAAUGAAUUAAAAUUAUUACGUAAAGAAAAUGCAAAGUUGAUAAAAACUCUGUCUCAACAGCGUUCAAAAAAUAUUGGAAGAAAUGAUAUAACACCAGAUGUAUCACCAACCAAGUUAUUUAUUGAUAAUAUCAGCCCAAAAGCAAAAAGUCGUGCAACUAAACGUCUUAUCGAAAAAAAAGAACAAUUGCCUCGUGGUUAUGUUUCCACAUUUAGACGAAAUUUAGGUGUUAACUUAUCGAAUGACUAUUCUUCAUCACGUAAUAUAUCAUCAGCAACAUUACAAAAAGAUAUAGAAGAAUUUCUAUGUCGUGAUGAUAUUACAAAACAAGCACACGAUAAAAAGAAACACUCAAAUGGAAAAUAA